CUCGGACUCAGGGCGUCUAUAACUACUUGGAAUGCUGUGCUUUACUGCGCGCUGUGGUACUGCUGUGGCUCCCCGUCCGGGUGCGGGACCUGUGCCCCGCGCUUCAGCCCUCCCGGCACAGCCUAUUGAUUCCCCUGCCGCCCUCGCUCACCUCCUGCUCGCCAUGGAGUCGCUGGUUUUCGCGCGGCGCUCCGGCCCCACUCCCUCGGCCGCAGAGCUCACCCGGCCGCUGGCGGAAGGGCUGAUCAAGUCGCCCAAGCCCCUGAUGAAGAAGCAGGCGGUGAAGCGGCACCACCACAAGCACAACCUGCGGCACCGCUACGAGUUCCUGGAGACCCUGGGCAAAGGCACCUACGGGAAGGUGAAGAAGGCGCGGGAGAGCUCGGGGCGCCUGGUGGCCAUCAAGUCAAUCCGGAAGGACAAAAUCAAAGAUGAGCAAGAUCUGAUGCACAUACGUAGGGAGAUUGAGAUCAUGUCAUCACUCAACCACCCUCACAUCAUUGCCAUCCAUGAAGUGUUUGAGAACAGCAGCAAGAUCGUGAUCGUCAUGGAGUAUGCCAGCCGGGGCGACCUUUAUGACUACAUCAGCGAGCGGCAGCAGCUCAGUGAGCGCGAGGCUAGGCAUUUCUUCCGGCAGAUCGUCUCUGCCGUGCACUACUGCCAUCAGAAUAGAGUUGUCCACCGAGAUCUCAAGCUGGAGAACAUCCUCUUGGAUGCCAAUGGAAAUAUCAAGAUUGCUGACUUCGGCCUCUCCAACCUCUACCAUCAAGGCAAGUUCCUGCAGACAUUCUGUGGGAGCCCCCUCUAUGCCUCGCCAGAGAUUGUCAAUGGGAAGCCCUACACAGGCCCAGAGGUGGACAGCUGGUCCCUGGGUGUUCUCCUCUACAUCCUGGUGCAUGGCACUAUGCCCUUUGACGGGCAUGACCAUAAGAUGCUGGUGAAACAGAUCAGCAACGGGGCCUACCGGGAGCCACCUAAGCCUUCUGAUGCCUGUGGCCUGAUCCGGUGGCUGUUGAUGGUGAACCCCACCCGCCGGGCCACCCUGGAGGAUGUGGCCAGUCACUGGUGGGUCAACUGGGGCUACGCCUCCCGUGUGGGAGAGCAGGAGGCUCCGCACGAGGGUGGGCACCCUGGCAGUGACUCUGCCCGGGCCUCCAUGGCUGACUGGCUCCGGCGUUCCUCCCGCCCCCUCCUGGAGAAUGGGGCCAAGGUGUGCAGCUUCUUCAAGCAGCAUGCGCCUGGUGGGGGAAGCACCACCCCUGGUCUGGAGCGCCAGCAUUCACUCAAGAAGUCCCGCAAGGAGAAUGACAUGGCCCAGUCUCUCCACGGUGACCCGGCUGAUGACACUGCCCCUCGCCCUGGCAAGAGCAACCUCAAGCUGCCGAAGGGCAUUCUCAAGAAGAAGGUGUCAGCCUCUGCAGAGGAGGCACAGGGGGACCUUCAGGAGCUCAGCCCGAUCCCUGCGAGCCCAGGGCAGGCUCCCCCACUGCUCCCCAAGAAGGGCAUCCUCAAGAAACCCCGACAGCGCGAGUCUGGCUACUACUCCUCUCCCGAGCCCAGUGAAUCUGGGGAGCUCUUGGAUGCAGGCGACGUGUUUGUGAGCGGGGAUCCCAAGGAGCAGAAGCCCCCGCAAGCCUCAGGGCUGCUCCUCCAUCGCAAAGGUAUCCUCAAACUCAACGGCAAGUUCUCCCGGGCAACCUUGGAGCUCGCGGCCCCCACCACCUUCGGUUCCUUGGAUGAACUCGCCCCACCUCGCCCCCUGGCCCGGGCCAGCCGACCCUCAGGGGCUGUGAGCGAGGACAGCAUCCUGUCCUCUGAGUCCUUUGAACAGCUGGACUUGCCUGAACGGCUCCCAGAGCCCCCGCUGCGGGGCUGUGUGUCUGUGGACAACCUCAUGGGGCUUGAGGAGCCCCACUCUGAGGGCCCUGGAAGCUGCCUGAGGCGCUGGCGGCAGGAUCCUUUGGGGGACAGCUGCUUUUCCCUGACGGACUGCCAGGAGGUGACGGCGACCUACCGACAGGCACUGAGGGUCUGCUCAAAGCUCACCUGAGUGGGGUAGGCAUUGCCCCAGCCUGGGCAGGCUCUCAGAUGCAGCUGGCUGUACCCCAAGGGGAGAUGCCUUCUCCCCCACCUCCCAGGACCUGCAUCCCCACUCAGAAGGCUGAGACAGUUUGCAGUGGAGCCCUGGACAGGGCUGGAUGUGGGAAGUAGGCAAAUGAAGUGCGUCAAGGGUUCGGUGUCUGUCUUCAGCCCUGCUGAACCAAGAGGAUAAUAGAGAAAGAGAGGGGAACGGGAAGGCCCGAGACAGAGUCCACGUUGCCCAUUUCUUGUGCAUAACAGAGUCCAGGUUGCCUGUUUCUUGUGCACGUAGUGGGGCCACAGAGACCUGGAAAGUGAACUCUCCCAGGGCCCAUCUCCUGCAUCCCAUGAAUACUCUGUACACAUGGUGCCUUCUAAGGACAGCUCCUUCCGUACUCAUUCCCUGCCAAGUGGGGUCAGACCUCUUUACACACACAUUCCCGUUCCUACCAACCACCAGAACUGGAUGGUGGCAUCCCUAAUGUGCCUGAGGCAUCCUGGGAAUGGUCUGGAGUAACCCUUCCUUAUUUUUAUUUUUAUUUAUUUAUUUAUUUUUUUGAGACGGAGUUUCGCUCUCGUUGCCCAGGCUGGAGUGCA